ACGACACCGAUUGUAGCACAUAGUAAGAAGGUCGCAAUAACAAAAUAACAAACAGACGAUAGGCAAUUACCACCAAAUAUGUCUAGUAUAUCGGACCGGAAGCGAAAUACUUUUUUGAGUUAUGUUGCACCCUCACCUGGAGAUAUUCCCCGUCAAGAAGGCAGCGAUGACUGGCUUCCAACAGAGCUCCGGGACCUUCAUUUGGCUAAACCACGACUGUUAGCUAAUGAACUUGUUGUAGCUUCGGCACCCGCUUAUCUGUUCUCUGCUAUUAUGCCAGCUCCCACUGAAGGUUCCGAACUCGAUAUGUCUCGUCAGGCAGUAUUCGGUUUGUUAAGUGUAACCAAUUUCAAAAUGGCCUUUGUGCCAUUACAACGACAGAAACAGGAAACACCUCCCCAAGAAUCCUAUCAGGAGCAUCUUUAUUUGCAACGUAACGACGUUACCCUAAAUAAUAUAGAUUAUGUAUACCAGCUGGCAGAGGGUGGUAGAGUCAGCGUAAGUGCAUUAAGUGGAGGAAAUAGACGUAAAAAACUUGACGCACAACAGAAAGUGAUGAGCAGUCGUAUUACGGCGCUUCAUAUUAUUUGCAAAAACUUUCGUUUACUUAAAUUCGCCUUCCAAAAUUCAAGAUCUGGCCCUGACUAUGGAAAACUGAUUGCAUCGGCUUUAGCUCGAUUCGCAUAUCCAUCGCGUCAUGAUCUAAGUUUUGCGUACUGUUACCGCGAGCCAUAUUAUUCCAUGAUAGGAAAAUCUAAUGUUACUAUGUAUAGCACAAAGAAUGACUGGGCACGAGAGUUAAUACGAUGCGGUGCAAACGAAUGGCAAGUUGUUAGUGCUGAUAGUGUGCCUCAAUUACAAAACGUAUUACAGGCUCCAAAAUACACUCUACCACCACACUUUGUUAUUCCUAAAUGCUGCACAAUUGAACGAUUUUUGGACUUAUCACGAGCCUUCUAUGAUUCGCGAGCGGCUUUUUGGGUCUAUGGCUAUGGUAGUGCAUCGCUUGUCCGUUUAGCUGAGUUGAAACCUGCAAUGCAGCAAGACACUAAAGUGGAGAAUGUUACACUUGAACUCGUGAGAAAGUGCGAUCCGCGACAUGCGUUGAAACUUCUACAAUUGACGGAUCGUCUUCCUAGUAUACAAGAUGUACAAAGAUCAUAUUUGAAGUUUCGUCGUCUUUGUACGCCCGAAAAUCCGCAAGAAUUUCUGGUUCAAGAUUCAAAAUUCCUUUCAAAUGUCGAAAAGUCGAAUUGGCUCUUCUAUGUGUCACUCUGUCUGCGAUAUUCGUGUGAGGCUGCAGAAUCGUUGCGAACCGGUACAACAUGUGUAUUGCAAGAAACCAAUGGACGGGAUUUGUGUUGUAUUAUAUCGAGCCUAACACAAAUAAUAUUAGAUCCUCUAUUUCGGACAAUUGAUGGAUUUCAGUCUUUGGUACAAAAGGAAUGGGUGGCUUUGGAGCAUCCCUUUCAAACUAGAUUGGGCCACGUUCGUGGCGAUGCAGCAGAAGAGGAAGAAAGUCCAGUUUUCUUACUUUUUCUAGACUGUGUGUGGCAGUUGUUGCAGCAAUUCCCGGAUGAAUUCGAGUACAGUCAAACGUAUUUAACCACAUUAUGGGAUUCGUGUUUUCUGCCUAUCUUUGACACAUUUCAAUUUGAUACUGAGGUGGAUCGAGCGCGUGCUGUCAAUUUUGGCAAUCUGGUACUGCGUCCUGUUUGGGAUUGGGGCGAACAGUUUGCUGAGAAAGAUAAGGUAUUUUUUACAAAUCCUUUCUAUCAACGCCAACGGCAGGAACAACAUAACCGUCGGUCAAUAGCGAUACCUGCAGGUGCUGUAAUGUUACCUGGACUCGCACAAAUAUCAUCAAUGAAACAAGGGCAACAACAACGCUUUACAACCAUCAAUCCGCAAUUGUUUGUUACCUCAUCUACAAUACCAAAGGAUCGCUAUUUGGAGCCGCAACAUCGCAUGGCUGAUUUGGCAAUAUGGGAACAAUGUUAUUAUCGUUGGAUGCCUAUUUUAGAAAUCAAACACGGCGGCUUUCCACAGAUAGAUCUUAAUCAUCGUUUACUGCUGAGCAACAUUGCGAAAUUACAGCGUUGCUUAGAACUUCAGGAUUUUGAUGAUCUACCAGAUAUUUACUAUGAACGGACCUGUGAGAAAAGGCCUCUCAUAGAUAACAUUACUAGAAGACGCAACAGCAUUGAAAUGAUCGAUGGCGUUGAGCGGCGUCGAAAGUCUUCCUUACCAGCUACUUUGAAUGGAUUCAAUAACAGUGGAUUGCUUCCAGAGAUUUCGUCUUUUUUUCCCUUUAGCAUAAACACAGGCGAAUCUGAGCAGCUUAUCGACAUACUAACAAAUAGCAAUGAAUUCCUGUUAGAAGGAUCAAUUAUGGAACGCCUAUCAAUCGCAUAGCAUUCAGAAGAUAUUUGCAAAAUGUCUCAAGCAGCUAAAUUCGGCUAAGAUGCCAAUCUAAAAUUGUACUUCUUAGUUAAAGUGUUUGGAAAACCAGUUUUUUUUAUUUAUACCAAUUGGAAUUUAGCAACACAAUUACAUAAAAGAAAUAUUUAUGAACAGUAUCGGUAUUUUGUAAAAAGAAGUUAUACUAUUUACUCAAACCAUGCAGUACCAUCACACUCACACGCUAUUAUCCAAGAAAUCAAAAAUUUAAAAUUCUUAAUACAUACCUUAUACGAGAACGUUAUAGUAUUAUAUACCUACACAUAUAUUUUGCUACUUUAAUAUUCAUUUAAAUUUUUAGUUUUUUUUUUCUUAGAAACUACCGACUAUUCGUAUAAAAGAUUAUUUUAUUACAAAUUUAUUGAAAUGAGGACAGUUGUGUAUGUUGAAACGGAAAAUUCUUACACUUUAGACACGUAUGAAUUGUUUGUAUUAUAUAGGCGUAUUUGAAUAAUAGUUGCAGUUUUCAUGCAAUUGAAUGUAACAUUGAAAUUAAAAUUUAUCAAGGUGGGGUUUUGCUUGGUAUCGGUUCGGACCGAUAAAAAAUAACGAUUUAGCCCGACCACAUGAUAAUCGUAAUAAAAUACAGCCCCAAUGUCUUUACGAUAUUCCUAAAAUUGAUAAUACAUAAGUAUAUAUAUUUAAAAAAAUAAUAAAUAAAUAUUUAUUAUAUUUUAACAUUUCACACGUAAA